AAGCUGCAGUGAGGAGGGUGCUGGAAGUGGGAGGAAGGCUUCAACUUGAUGUAUUCUUUUGCUUAGGACAGAAAUGGUGAGCCCUUGGGUAAAUCUUAUCACAUUUCUCUUCCCUUAUUUGAGAUGCUGAAGAGCAGGGUGUUCCUAAUAUUUUCUAGAAAUAUAAAAGGAAGCCAGUGUGAUGACUAAGCCAGCUGGACACCUGCAGAUGUGUCUUGCCACCUGGCCUCGGCUCCAUCUCCCUACCCCAUCUUCACCCCCAGCAGGAGCAGACUGGCCUUUGACUUCUGCUGGCGAGGGACACGGACUCCCUGGAUUCAUCUGGAUUAAGAAUCCAAGACAGUAGUCAUGAUCUGUGAAGCAGUCUCUUCUGCUUCCCACAAGGAAGAAACAUCUUAGCAGGGAAGUGAUGCCGACAUGGUGGAUAAGAACAAGUGCUGCACACUCUGCAACAUGUCAUUCACUUCAGCGGUGGUGGCCGAUUCCCAUUAUCAAGGCAAAAUCCACGCCAAGAGGUUAAAACUCUUGCUAGGAGAGAAGACCCCAUUAAAGACCACAGCAACACCCCUGAGCCCACUUAAGCCCCCACGGAUGGACACUGCUCCGGUGGUCGCAUCUCCCUAUCAAAGAAGAGAUUCAGACAGAUACUGUGGGCUCUGUGCAGCCUGGUUUAAUAACCCUCUGAUGGCCCAGCAACAUUAUGAUGGCAAGAAACACAAAAAGAAUGCGGCAAGAGUUGCUUUGUUAGAACAACUGGGGACAACCCUGGAUAUGGGGGAACUGAGAGGGACAAAGCAUCGAUGGAGCCAAUCCAGAAAAAUGGUUGUUGUUGUCCAGGACUUCUUGUACAGCCAAAAGACUGGCAGCUGGUGUUUAUAUUUUCCUUUCAAGUCGAGUGGGGAAGGUCUGAGGCGCAAUUACAGAUGUACCACCUGCAGUGUCUCCCUAAACUCAAUAGAACAGUAUCAUGCACAUCUGAAAGGAUCUAAACACCAGACCAACCUGAAGAAUAAAUAGUGAAAGCAUCAAUCAAGAGAUAAGAACAAAAUAUCAGCAUUUCUCUGCUGUGGAGAAUUGCUUAUCAACCACCAGAGGAGGCUUCUUUCUUGAACAAUAAACAUUUCUUACAAGGAUUCACAGAUUCACAUACAACCGAUCUUGAUUUUUGGAAAUGAAUGAGGUUUCUUUUUUCUUUUUCCUUUUUUUAAUUUUGGGGUAAGUUAUGAUAUUUGGAUGGAUUUUUAAAUUCUUUCCUGAUAACAUAUUUAGCACAUGUUCUAAAUUAUAAUCCUAUAGCAAACAGUUGGAGCAUUAUUCAAACUGAAAGUGGAAAAAUUUAAAUUUCCAAUUUAUUCUAGAUUUCCUCAGAGCAUAAUUAUUCUGUUAAAUCCUCAAUGAGUGUGAUGUAAACCACCUCUAUCCAGACAUAUACAUUCUUUUCUCAUCAUGUUGGACACAGUUAAGGGUGACAUGCACAGAACCAGAACAGAUCACUAUUAGUGGAAAAUACCAAAUGGAUAAAUAAAUACCAGUCCUUCUCUGUUCUCCAAGCACAGGAGCCAGGUUUACCAUCUGAACAAUGAAGACGAAGAGAGUAAAUAAAGGAAGAAUUCUCAUCUUUUUUUCUGAUCAUUCAAAGAACAGUUUCUCAAGGUUAAGCCAAGUCCUCCUUGCAAGUUGCCAAAUAAUAGCUUAGGAAAAGAAUUAGUCUGCCUGCAUGAUGAUCUUCUUAGGCAAAAACGUCUUCAUAGCCCUUGACCUUGGUGAAUUUUUUUCCCCAAAAGCAUCCAAAAGAAGAAUUAUAAACCCCACAAUGAGAUGGAAAUAAAUGAGUAUUUUUUUUUUUUACGAUGUUUGGCCUGAACUGUGGGCUUUAAUUGGGGGAUACUGAUGGUUUGGAAAGAAGUGAGAAAAUUCUGAAGAAAUGGUGGCCUUGGGCUAGGCGGGGUCCCCUAUUUCUUAUGUUUCUCACCGAAGUCCUACUGCUGAGCCAAGACUUAGUCACUUUGGAAAGAGCAUGACCGAUAAGGAAAACAGUUGCUUUCUGAUGGGGAGCGUCUGCGUGCAGAUCAUGAGGCUCUUUCUCUAGGUUUAAUUCUUUUCCAUGGUGACCGGACUUGGUGUCUUGCAGCCUGGUUACAAAGUGGGACGUUGAGCUUCUACUGACAAUGCCCUGCAUGGACCAGCUGGGAUCUGGCUGGGGCUGCCCUGUGUCCCUAGAGACCAUAGGCAAUCCAUCUUCUUGUGUCAGCAAUUUCUGGAUACCCACUGUUUUCCACCAAGAGCUGAGGUGGCGACAACUCAGUGAGCAAUAAACAAAAUGACACAGAAAUGCACAGUGUUGUUAUGAAGGAGCCUGUUACCCUGUGUUCAAAAUCUGGCACCAUUCCCUUGAGCAGGGCCCACUCAGGAGGGACCAGGUCUGCCAGUUUCUGUGCCUGCAGAGAGAGGAAGCCCCACCAACCACACCCUACUCUACGAGAGGAAAGAGGGUUGGAUGGGAAGAAUCUAUUUUGCUGUUUUGGAAAGCACACAGCCGACCUACAAACCUCCUGUGAUGGUGUUUCUUAAGAUGUGUAAAAUAAGGCUUUAUUUGUCAAUUCCGCUGUAAAAUAAGCAUUGUCCAAGUAAAAACAGCAGCAACAACAAAA